AUGAGUCAGCCACCGACGGGGGGCGCUGCCCCUGUCACAGCAGUGCCUCCUGCCGCCACCGGUGCCACUGAGGCUCGCUCGCACCCGGAGGGCAGCAGCAGAAAGCAGCAGCGUGCUCAGUCACCCGCUAGACUGAGGGACAAUUCGGUCCGACAGGCAACCGCGACCACCCGGGCCCCAGUAGGGGCUGGCACUAAACUCAAUUCUAGUCGACAGCAGCAGCUGCAGCAGCAGCAGCAGCAGGGCAACAAGAUCGGGAGCCGUGCAGCGCCUCUGGCCAGCGCCCGGGGAAGCGGAGGCGGGGCGGAGAAGGCCGCGCCCCCGGCGCCCAAGGGGACGGUCUCGGGAGCUGUCCAGCCUGUGGCUGGUGCUGAAGCAGCCCUAGUGGCGACCGUGGCCCCUGUGGGUGUCAGGAGGCCUGGCCUGUCGGAGGAGCCGCCCCGGGAGCUAGAGCCCGCGUCCUCUAAACUCGGGGAACCCCCUCCGCUAGGAGAAGGAGGAGGAGGGGGUGGGGAAGGAGGAGGAGCCGGCAGUGGCUCCGGGGAAAGGGAGGGGGGCGCUCCGCUGCCACCGCCGCCGCCCAGGGGCUGGCGAGGGAAAAGCGUCCGCGCUCAGCAGAGGGGCGGCAGCGGCGGGGAGGGGGCCUCCCCUUCGCCAUCCUCCUCCUCCUCUGCGGGCAAAAGCCCAGGCUCCGGCAGCAGAAAUUCCGGGCUUGGCGUGGUGGCGGGUGGCGGCGGUGCUGGAGGGAGCUACUGGAAGGAAGGAUGUCUGCAGUCUGAGCUCAUCCAGUUCCAUCUGAAGAAAGAGCGGGCAGCGGCGGCGGCCGCGGCUCAGAUGCACGCUAAGAACGGCGGCGGCGGCAGCAGCAGCCACCGCAGCUCUUCGGUCACCGGCGCCCCUGCCGUUUGUGAGCCCCUGGCGGUUCCUCCCGCCUCCCCAAUGGCGGCGGCGGCAGAGGGCCCCCAACAGAGCGCAGAGGGCAGCGCGAGCGGCGGGGGCAUGCAGGCUGCGGCGCCCCCUUCGUCGCAGCCGCACCCGCAGCAGCUCCAGGAGCAGGAAGAAAUGCAGGAGGAGAUGGAGAAGCUGAGGGAGGAGAACGAGACUCUGAAGAACGAAAUCGAUGAGCUGAGGACCGAGAUGGACGAAAUGAGGGACACUUUCUUCGAGGAGGACGCCUGUCAACUGCAGGAAAUGCGCCACGAGUUGGAGAGAGCCAACAAAAACUGCCGGAUCCUGCAGUACCGCCUCCGCAAAGCCGAGCGCAAGCGGCUCCGCUACGCGCAGACCGGCGAGAUCGACGGGGAGCUGCUGCGCAGCCUGGAGCAAGACCUCAAGGUUGCAAAGGAUGUAUCUGUGAGACUUCACCAUGAAUUGGAAAAUGUGGAAGAAAAGCGAACAACAACGGAAGAUGAAAAUGAGAAACUGAGGCAACAGCUUAUAGAAGUUGAGAUAGCAAAGCAAGCAUUACAGAAUGAACUGGAAAAAAUGAAGGAGCUAUCUUUAAAGAGAAGAGGAAGCAAAGAUUUGCCAAAAUCUGAAAAAAAGGCUCAGCAGACUCCCACAGAGGAGGACAAUGAAGAUCUGAAAUGCCAGCUGCAGUUCGUGAAGGAAGAAGCCGCUCUGAUGAGGAAGAAAAUGGCCAAGAUUGACAAAGAAAAGGACAGAUUCGAACACGAGCUCCAGAAAUACCGAUCCUUUUACGGGGAUCUGGACAGUCCUUUGCCCAAAGGAGAAGCCGGGGGCCCGCCCAGCACCAGAGAAGCCGAGCUCAAGCUGCGGCUGAGGCUGGUGGAGGAAGAAGCCAACAUCCUCGGCAGAAAGAUCGUCGAACUGGAAGUGGAGAACCGAGGCCUGAAGGCGGAACUGGACGACCUGCGGGGCGACGACUUCAACGGCUCGGCCAACCCCCUGAUGAGGGAGCAGAGCGAAUCCCUGUCGGAGCUGCGGCAGCACCUGCAGCUGGUGGAGGACGAGACGGAGCUGCUGCGCAGGAACGUGGCCGACCUGGAGGAGCAGAACAAGCGCAUCACGGCAGAGCUCAACAAGUACAAAUACAAGUCGGGAGGCCACGAGAGCGCGCGGCACCACGACAGCGCCAAGACCGAGGCCCUGCAGGAGGAGCUGAAGGCGGCGCGCCUGCAGAUUAACGAGCUCAGCGGCAAGGUCAUGCAGCUGCAGUACGAGAACCGCGUGCUCAUGUCCAACAUGCAGCGCUACGACCUGGCCUCGCACCUGGGCAUCCGCGGCAGCCCCCGCGACAGCGACGCCGAGAGCGACGCGGGCAAAAAGGAGAGCGACGACGACUCGCGGCCGCCGCACCGCAAGCGCGAAGGGCCCAUCGGCGGCGAGAGCGACUCGGAGGAGGUGCGCAACAUCCGCUGCCUCACGCCCACCCGCUCCUUCUACCCCGCGCCGCCGCCGGGGCCCUGGCCCAAGAGCUUCUCCGACCGGCAGCAGAUGAAGGACAUCCGCUCGGAGGCCGAGCGCCUGGGCAAGACCAUCGACCGCCUCAUCGCCGACACCAGCACCAUCAUCACCGAGGCGCGCAUCUACGUGGCCAACGGGGACCUGUUCGGACUCAUGGACGAGGAGGACGACGGCAGCCGCAUCCGCGAGCACGAGCUGCUCUACCGCAUCAACGCGCAGAUGAAGGCCUUCCGCAAGGAGCUGCAGACCUUCAUUGACCGCCUCGAGGUGCCCAAGUCCGCCGACGACCCCGGCGCCGAGGAGCCCAUAUCCGUGAGUCAGAUGUUCCAGCCUAUCAUUUUACUUAUUCUCAUUCUUGUAUUAUUUUCGUCACUUUCUUACACAACAAUAUUUAAACUUGUCUUCCUUUUUACACUGUUUUUUGUACUGUAA